AUGGCGUCAGAUACCCCCCUCUACAUUGGAUUCGAUCUCUCUACGCAGCAGUUGAAGGGAUUAGUCGUUAACUCGGACCUCAAAGUCGUCCACGUUGCCAAAUUCGACUUCGAUGCCGACUCGAUAGGGUUUCCGAUCAAGAAAGGCGUUCUGACCAAUGAAGUCGAGCAUGAGGUGUUUGCACCGGUCGCUCUGUGGCUGCAGGCAUUGGACGGUGUGCUGGAGAGCCUGCGCAAGCAGGGACUUGAUUUCAGCCGCGUGAAGGGAGUUAGCGGUGCGGGACAGCAGCACGGGAGCGUAUACUGGGGCCAGAAUGCGGAGUCAAUUCUCCGCAAUCUUGACUCGAGCAAAUCCCUCGAGGCACAACUAGAGGGCGCUUUCUCCCACCCAUACAGCCCCAAUUGGCAAGACUCAAGCACUCAGGUCGAAUGUGACGAGUUUGAUGCGGCUCUCGGCAAGCCCGAAGAUUUGGCACAGGCCACUGGAAGCAAAGCACACCACAGAUUCACAGGUCCUCAAAUCCUCCGAUUCACGAGGAAACACCCCGAGGUAUAUCGGAAGACGUCGAGAAUCUCACUGGUUUCUUCAUUCCUGGCAUCGCUAUUCCUCGGCCAUGUGGCCCCAUUCGACAUCUCCGACGUGUGCGGCAUGAACCUGUGGAACAUUAAGAAAGGUGCAUAUGACGACCGUCUGAUUCAGCUCUGCUCGGGCUCCUUUGGGCCUGAUGAUCUCAAGCAGAAGCUUGGUGAGGUACCAGAAGAUGGAGGCCUACACCUGGGUCACGUUCACAAAUACUUCGUGGAGCGCUUCGGCUUCAGCCCCGAUUGUACAGUUAUUCCAGCAACUGGUGACAACCCGGCGACUAUUCUUGCACUCCCACUGCGACCAUCGGACGCAAUGGUCUCACUCGGUACCUCCACGACUUUCCUCAUGUCAACCCCCAGCUACAAACCCGAUCCCGCCACACACUUCUUCAAUCACCCGACUACCCCCAGCUUGUACAUGUUCAUGUUGUGCUACAAGAACGGUGGCCUGGCCCGUGAACACGUCCGAGAUGCGAUCAACGAGAGCUUGAAGGAUACCCCUGCCCAGCCCUGGGCCAACUUUGAUAAGGUUGCAUUGGAGACCGCCCCGCUGGGCCAACGGAGCCCGACCGAUCCGAUGAAGAUGGGCCUGUUCUUCCCGCGACACGAGAUCGUACCCAACAUUCCCAAGGGCCAGUGGCGCUUCACAUAUGAUCCUACCACCGGACAGCUCAAGGAGACGACCGACGGAUGGAAUUCGCCGCAGGACGAAGCCCGCGCUAUCGUGGAGAGCCAAAUGAUCUCGCUGCGUCUGCGGUCUAAGGACCUUACCCAGAGUCCUGGAAAUGGACUUCCAUCCCAGCCGCGCCGAGUUUAUCUCGUCGGCGGAGGCUCCAAGAACAAGGCCAUUGCCAAGAUUGCUGGUGAAAUUCUCGGUGGAGUCGAGGGCGUGUAUUCGCUCGAUAUUGGCGACAAUGCCUGCGCUCUCGGCGCUGCAUACAAGGCUGUUUGGGGUAUUGAGCGACAGCCUGGCCAGACCUUUGAGGACCUGGUUGGUCAGCGGUGGAACGAGGACGAGUUCAUUGAGAAGAUUGCCGAGGGCUACCAGAAGGGGGUCUUUGAGCAGUAUGGCAAGGCCGUCGAGGGCUUUGAGAAGAUGGAAUUGCAGGUAUUGCAGCAAGUGGCUGACAAAGCCGGAAAAUAA